AUGUUAAGUGGUAAAGUGGUUUAUAUUUAUAAAAAGGAGCUAAUAGAACAUUGUAAUAAAUUACCUUCUAUGGAAAACAGGGCAUCCCUGGUACAAGACUUGAUCAUGAACUACAAACUCCUAUCCCAUCCGAAUGUUAGCGUAGUUGAAAGCUCAGACGCAUCUCAAGAAGCAUUGAAAUCAUUUCAUUCAACCGACUAUGUAGAUUUACUCAAAUCUUUAAACUAUUUUGAUUCCAGUCUUGACAACAUUGAAGAAAAACAUUUAGAAUAUGGAUUGGCAUACGACUGUCCCAUAUUCAGCAACAUUUACGAUUUCGCAACUUGCAUCGCCGGAGGUUCUUUAUCGGCAGCUAGACUAUUGGCUGCAGAAAAAUGCAGGACAGUUAUAAAUUGGUUUGGAGGCUGGCAUCAUGCCCAAAGAGACUCGGCUUCUGGAUUUUGCUAUAUAAACGAUAUCGUUAUUGCUAUACAAUUUAUGUCGAAAACUUUCAGUCGUAUACUGUAUGUUGAUUUGGAUAUUCAUCACGGUGAUGGAGUUCAAAAUGCCUUUGAAUACAGUAAUAAAAUUUUAACGCUAUCAUUUCAUAAACACUGUGCGGGCUUUUUUCCUAAUACUGGUGGUUUAAAGGAUAUUGGAAAAGGGCGAGGUCAAUAUUAUUCCAUAAAUAUUCCUCUAAUGGACGGUGUCGGUGAUAAAACAUUUACAAAAGUAUUUGAAGAAGUUUUUCCAAUGGUUUGUGAAAGUUAUAAACCACAAGCUGUUGUAGUUCAGUGCGGUGCUGAUGGUUUGAAUGGAGAUCCCGUUGGACAAUGUAAUUUGACUUUGAAAGGAUUUGAUGGUUGCAUCCAAGCUAUAUUGGCCUGCGAUCUACCUAGAUUGUUUUUAGGAGGAGGUGGAUAUAAUUUCCCAAAUACAGCUCGUUUAUGGACUCACCUUACAUCCCUUAUCAUUGGAGAAGAAUUGGAUAACGAUAUUCCUGGAGACACUAAAUAUUUUUGCGAUUACGCGCCAAGCUACGAGUUACACAUAGAAGAAGGCAGAAAAAAAGACUGCAAUACACCAGAUUAUAUUAAGACUGUAAUCAACACUGUUAGAUCUCAUUGUUCUGAAAUUUGUUUAGUUGAAUAG